GUGUUCGCGUUUAAAAAAAAAAUUAUAUACUUAAAAGAAAAAAGGGGAGAGAAACUCGUCCCUUAGAUUAGGACCAAAAUGCUUUUUACCUAAACCAGAGGAAAGUGACGUUUGGAUGCAGCUUUUAUUUAAAGCUGUUAGAUCUAUAUUUCUCAGGACAUACUUUUAAUAAUAAUAAAUAUGUACCAUCAGAGUUUAGCGAUUGAAAAAAGAUGUUUUCUGAUUUCACCCGUGCUCUGGGACAAGGAAGUGUUUUAGAUUCAGUCGGAGCCCCGUCGUCCCCGCGGUCAUGCGGCAGCUCAUCCUCAUGAUGCCAGCCGGGCCGUGGAAGCUCUGGAGAAUGUGAUUCCACAGGACCAGGCGCUCAAGGGAUGUACCUUAUGGCUGCACUUCCUACCUACGGCAACAGCAAAAAGCACGGUGGUCUUCACCGUCGCUACGGCACCGGAAGUGGUGGGGAUAAUUUAACCAACAGCACUUGUGGUGCUGGCGGCGGUGGUGCAGGGGAGUGUAGGAGCUCGUGCGGGGCGGUGGUUGACUUCGAGCUGCUGGAGAUUGACGAGAACGACAACAGCUUUCCUUGGGGCCUGAUCCACCACAAUGAACUGGCGCACAUGCUCAACAACGGCCUGGGGAAGACCGUGGUGAUUGACAGCAGAUCUUUCCUUGAGUACAACACCAGCAACAUCCACCAGUCUGUCAAUGUCUGCUGCUCUAAGCUGGUCAAGAGGAGGCUGCAGCAAGAUAAGGUCCAUGUCCUUGACCUGUUGAAUCAGACAUGUAACAUUGUGACUGAUGCAUCAUGGGAUGUGAUUGUGUAUGACCAGUGCACAGAAGACCCCUCACAGCUUACAUCUGAUAACUUUGUCCAGGUGCUGCUUCACAAGCUGAGCACCACUUUCAACAGUGUUGCCUUUUUAAAAGGAGGUUUCCUGGCAUUCCAAGCAUCUCAUCCCAGCCUGACAGAAAACAAGUCCAGCUCACACCGCUGCUCUACCCUGACCUCCCUGUCUCAGCCAUGCAUGCCAGUGAGCAACAUUGGCCCCACUCGGAUCCUGCCAUUUUUGUACCUGGGCAGUCAGCAGGACUCACUCAAUCAAGAUUUAGCGCAGGUGAACGGGAUCACAUACAUAUUGAAUGUAAGCAAGACGUGCCCCAGACCACCGUACAUUCUGGACGGCCACUUCCAUCGUAUCCCUGUCAAUGACAACUACUGUGAAAAGUUACUGCCAUACUUUUAUGAGGCUUUCCAGUUUUUGGACAAGGUGCGUGAGGCCAACGGAUGUGUUUUGGUUCACUGCCUGGGUGGAGUGUCACGUUCCCCCACCCUGGCCAUUGCCUACAUCAUGAGAUACAUGCGCAUGUCCUCAGACGAGGCCUACAGAUAUGUUAAAGACAAGCGUCCGACAAUCUCACCCAAUUUCAACUUCCUUGGGCAACUGUUGGAGUACGAGAAAGUCAUAAGGAAGGAAGAACAGGUAGAGGAGGCACGUAAAGAGGCCGUCCGAGCAACAAUGCUAGAGGAGGGCAUGACCUUUGACCUGGAGCGAGCAAACCCUGGCGUCAUGGACCUUCACACGACCAGCCCGUCCUCUCCUGGUCCGCGGUCAGCUCACAGAACUUUUGUCCUGGACCAGACGUCCACUCAAGCGUUCCACUCUCACCUGGCCAGCUCCAGCUUCAAGCUGGGCAAGCUCCAGGACUGUCCUCUACCUGGACCCUUCGCUGACCGCGCCAGACCAACAGACGGGUCAGCCACAGCCUCUGUCCAGGGCUCACCUGCAGCCUGUCCUCUGCUGAAGUAUCAGCCCCACAAUUGUACUUACCCAGAUGUGUCUGCCCUGCCCGGCCCAUCACACCAAGUCACCUGUUCUAAAUCUGCAUGUUUUAGUGCAGCCACAACAAACGCUCUCAACAUCAGCCAGUUCAGUAACCCACUGGCUAACAGCUGUGAUAAUCACAAUGAAGUAAAACACUAUUCUAUCCAGUCGCCUGUGUGUCCUCUCACUGGUUUCCCUAGCCCGGGAGGUGCACAUGACGACUUCCCCCAGUCCACCGGCGCCACAACAGGCUUCCCUGGGCCAGGAACCAACGGCAGCAGUACCUCAACUGUACAGCCCUCAUUCACCGCAUACCACAGUCAAACCAUCGGCAGCAGCUCUGGAGACCCGGAAUGUUCUGCCAUCAAAUCCAGCGACUCUCACCCUGUAUCCAGUGAGCACAAAGAGCAACCUAAGUCAAGAUACGGGUUCAGUUUUUCUUCAGUGUUUUCAAAUUUCAGGUGGAAAUCCAGACCACCUACACUUCCUUUAGGAUCUCCAGUGGGCACGCAAAAGGAGGGCAGAAGUUUUCUGAAAAAGCAAGGAGCCGAGUGCGGUGCUGUGGCCCAGCUGACCCCAGUAUCAGAGGCUGUGGAAAACAAUGAUCUCGUCGUGAAUGAAGGCUUGGGUGAGUGUAUGAAAAGUGGCACACCAGGCUGUGACACAAUUGAAGAAAUGGACACUACCGUGGAAACCAGUAUCAGUGAUUCAGGCAGCAAACUUUCCACUGCAACUAACUUAUUGGCAUCUAAUCAGAAUAUUUUAUCCACAACGGCACCAGAAUCAUCCAGCGCUCUCCGGUCAGCAUCGCUACGGCUGAGUGCUAAGAACUUUACAUUAUCCCUAAGCUCCCCAACAUCAGAGUUCCCAGUGAACUUCCCGCCAUCACUAACCCACAAAGCUACUUCCCCGUCAGACUCUAACAAAAGGAAAUGUGGCCUGGUGGCCGCUAGCGCUGACAGCCCAGACAAAGUGGCAAAAACCGAGGAUCACCAGGGGCUGACUCCCCCCAAAACCCUCAACCUUGGCCAGGGUAAACUCAAACAAAAACUCUCUGCCAGACGGCCCUUUGUGUUGGCCAUUUCCUCCCCCACAUCAGCCAUGGCACAACUCAACUUUGUCUCCUCACCUGACACUUUACCUGAUUCCCCUUCAACGGCAGCAAAAGAAGAACAGCUCUAUAUAGAAGAGAACUCCAGACGGACUACAGAAAACAGUCAUGACAUUACAGACCCACCUGCAAGACAUAAGCAGUGUGAGCAUCCCAUGCUAGAAGAAAUGACUCUGACUUUAAAUAAAAACACAAGACAGUGUAGGGUCAAAGAACUUCCUUUGUCUGCUUCCCUGAACACCAGUUCACCCAGCCCAGGCGCCUCCCCCACCUUUAGUGAGGUCUCAACAGGUGUAAACCUUGAGAGCUUUAAGGAGCUGCCCAUCACAUCCUUGGACAAGCUGAGCUUCACCCCCUGCUACACCAGGGAUAUUGUCCAGGAGCUGAAGAAACAGGAUGCUGCCAGUCUGGCCUCUGAAGAUCUCAGCCAGCUGCGGUCCUCUGCGCUAGAUUCACCAAUGUCAAUCAGCAGCGGCAGCUCAGCCCCCAGCAUAUCAAGUUCCAUUGUAUCCCCCGUUGAUUACACCGCAACAAACCUGUUCCCAAGUGAGGCUAAGACAGAGAGCCUCACAGCUUUUCCUUUCCUGCCCUCAGAAACUCAUCUGUCAGCAGACCCAGUUGCACAUGGCGCCAAGCUGAGCAGCACCCAGGGUACCCCUGACUCUGUCCUCUCUGACCUCUCACCUUCAUUUCCUCAGGCCACCAUUGCACCUACCCUCCCCACAUGCACCCCCCACUACUACACCAGCACAUCCUCCAUUGAACCCCUCUCACCCAUGUCAUUAUGUGAAAGCUCUUGCAGCUCCCUGCCGUGGUCCUCAAAAAGAAACAGUAUAUCAUCCCCCAUCCAGUCAUCCAUCAGCUCCCCCAUCUCAUCCCUCUCUUCCCCCAUUGUUUCAUCCCCAUCCUUCUCUCCCCUGGUCACAUCCCCCACCACUAGUGCAACGUACCUGGCCUCUACUAGUGGAGUCAGCAAAAUAAUUCGCAGAGAGAAGAGUAAACGCGUGACAGACCGUCCCAACAGCAUAGCUUUUUCGUCAUAUCCAACCUGCGACUUGGUUCCUUCGGCACCAGACUCUUCUCCAUCCAACCCUGGUGGUCAAGCUAGUCAAGACGAUGCCAGCGAGGCUUACAUGUCUGUCAGUGGCAAACGCUCCCGUCUCAGCGUCAACUCUGAAUCUCACGCACCACAGGGGCGGACAUCUUGGGGUGGUUAUUCCGAGAGGGAGGUGUACAAGAAGUACAGACAGAUCACUGCUGCCAUGGAGAAUGCCAUGCUCCAAACACAAGUGUUUUCCCCGGGCUCGUCUCGGCUAAACCCUGGCAGCGUCUCUUCUAGGAAAGCCCGCAGUCUGGAUGAUUUCCUGGACAAUAACCUGGAGGAGACUGAUAUGAUGCAAUAUCCCCGAGGCAGGCACCACUGGAGUGGCUACAGAGAUGAGCACCUAAUGGAGCAGUACCAUUGCGGCAUUGCCUCAGAGCCCUACCAUUCCAGUUCCAGUCUGUCUUCCAACGGCAGCCGUGGGUCUAGCAUGGAGAUCAUUCAGAUGUUGUGAGAAAAUGUUUCAUUUGUUUGAGACCACUAUAAACAGGUACAUUUUAUGGUUGGUUAUUUGUUGAUUCAUUCUAAACAGUAUUAGAGUCAAGUUUAAAAAUGCUACACAGAUAUUAUUGUGGUUUACAAAUAAAAUAGUUUUAAAAUUACAUACAUGAUGGACACAUUACAUUAUAUUAAAUAUUAUUUUGUAAUUAAUUAUGACAAUAGAUUUAAAUAAAUUUUAAUUAAAUUAAAACAGACUAAAAGUUUAUUUUGGUUUCAAAAACUAAAUUCAUUUAGAAAUCUGUGUAGGAACAAGUUUUUGUGCAGAAUAUUAUUUCUUUGCUGUUUGUUUCCCAAAUUUUUCUUCAUUUUCUGAGUUUGUUUUUUGUUGCUGUUUGAUUGCUUUUAUAAUUUCAUUCAAAAUUGUAAAAAAUGUAAUGAACGCUCAAUCUAAUCAACACAUCAAAUUUUUAGUGAAACUCUACACUUGUUGCAUGAAGUGCUAAAGUCCUAGAACUGGCUUUUAAGAGUGUAUUACAUAGUGUAGCAACCAUCUCACACUGCUAACUAUAGAUUCACUGCUCAAGAUGCAGUAUUACUAAAUUUAUCUCAUUUGUGCCUGAUAUUUUAGAACAAAAUUUAAAUGUGGUUUGGUUAUUUCUCUUGUCUGGUAUCUUAAACAAACUGCUUUAAACUAUUUCUCUUUUGUACAAAAAAAAGUCAAGUUAACCUAAUGAAAUUCUUUCUUUUAUUUACAAGCUGCCACGCUGAAUGGUAAGUCUAUCCCUGGUAAUUUAAUACUCCCCUGAUACCCUUGCUGGGUCCAGUCUUGUACAGCAUUUGGUUGCAUUUCAUGUGCAUUGCUCAGCCACUUAGCAUCAUCCUCACUGCCAGCAUGACCACUGGCAUCAAAGAUAAUAAUUUUAAGUCGUCUCGUCUCACAAGACCACCACUUCAUUAUUUAUUUAUUUAUUAAUUCCUGAAGAUGCUCCGUCUGUAUGUGUUUUAGGGAACAAUGUAUUGUAAAUAUCUCGGAGACCAGUAACUGACAGUGUAAAGACAAAAUCUAAGAUGAAUUAAGAAGCAUCCAAAUCCUAGUUGGUACACAUAUUUCUUACAAAUCUGUCUCUUUCUGCUGUGUUUUUAAUGCAAGUACUUUGUAAGCUAGAUCUUUUGCUGUGAGCAUGUCCAGAGUUUUUAAGAAGCAAAUGAUAAUUGGGUAUAUUGGUAAUAAAUGUUUAACAGAGGCUUGGUCAUGUGACUCUAACUAAAAGUGCAUGAAGUUUUGUCAUCAUCAACUGCUGUGUUAGAAUCCAGUUUUUUUUAAUUUUCUCAGCAUUGAAUUAACAUGCACAGUCAUUGUUCUCUCAACUUUAUGUAGGUGCCAGUUUCAGAAUAGGAAAAGUUAACACAUAGAGGCAUGGUAAUGACUAUUUAAGGAAUCCUCUGUGUAAUCUGGACAUUGUAUCUAGGUCUGUUGGUAGCAUUGUGUUCAUUGACUGUCCUUUCCCAGAAUGUACACUGCUAACUAUAAGAGGAGACAGUAGGGCAAUAGAGGUUUAUCUUGACAAACUUAUCUGCAACUCAAGGCAUGACUCAUUACUCCCGCAGAAUAAGGUGCAUUGUCUGCCCUACUUUAUUGGAGCUACUGCAGCAAACAAGGUGUUUACAGACACCUUUUGCUGUCAGUACACAAUUUAAUUGCUGCCUUCAUGCCACCAAACUCUCAUUAUGCUAGCCUGGUGGAAGACAAGUACCAUAACUUCUUUUUACUCCUAGUGUUGUAUUUUCUCCCUUUGUGUGCCAGUUGAUUUUUUUUUAAAUGUGUAGCUUAUUUUUAUGUACGUCCCCUCUUUCCCAUGAAUGCAAAAGCUGAAUGAAAGUAGUUGUGAGAACUAGCUGAAGAGUUUAUUCUGAGACCACAGCCCUACCUGUUGCAGCACAGUGCACUUUUUUCUCUCAGGUUCAAGCAUGUUCUAUUUUUAGGUUGGCUUAGCCCAAUUUAUUAUUUUUGGCCAUUCUCACCUUUUAACUUUUUUUUUUCUUUCUCUUACCAAUCACCUUGCAAUAAACAGCCCUCUUACUUCAUGAAUCACAUAAAUAAAAACAAAAAUAUUUUAAUCACUGAUGUUUAUUUAAAUGCAUUAUUUAGUUUAAAUAUUUUUUUUGGACAGAUAAGAGCUCUUCAGCUUGACAUUUAUAUCAGCAUUCUUUGGUCUUAAGAUAGUAUUAUGUUAUAUUUAAUACAUCUAAAAAAAAAAACUUUCUUAAUAGAACAGGAUUUUUCACUAGGUAAUUCCCAGUGUAUAAAUAAUGUCCACUUAAUGCACUAAAUAUUAUUCAAAGUAUUCAAUUUAUGUAAUUAAGCAGGACAAAAUGUCUAACUAAUUUUCAAAGAUAUUAAAAAAUUAUAAAUAAUCAUUUGUUCAUCUAGUAUCUUGAAAAUUUAAUCGCACCAAUUUAAGAACUGCAACAUGACGUUUGUAUACAAGAUAGUAACUUGGUUGUAACUUCCAUUGCAUAUCUUUCUUUUCUCAAUUAGUUGCAUGUGUAUCCUGUUAAUUUGAUUGCUUUGCUAGUGGGGAAAUAAACCUUUAGCCAAAGCUUCCGGUGUCUCUAAAGAAAAAUUGGUUGUGGUGUUUUAUAGCUACCGUUAUUUGAAAUAUUUUAUGAAUACUGGUUAUCUUUGUAUACCUAUGUGCCCUAAAACACCUUGAUCUUGCAUAGGGUGGUUUGCAUAGUUUAAUUUUUUUUAAUGAAAAAAAUUCUGAUGAUGAAACUAGUGUAGUGAGCAACGUUGCCCUUGAAGCAACUGAAAUAUGGACUGGCAUGAAGAAAGACCUCACCUUGUGUUAUGUAUUCCUGAUGUUGAUUUUUGCUGUGUAUAUUAUCUGAAAGAACCCCUUUUUUCACCCCCACCCUCAUAACACCUUGUUGUUAUACCUGCAUCAUUAUGUGUUGUUUAACCCUGGACAGUGAAAAUGUUGUGUUUCAGUAGUUUUUACCUACCUCUCAAGAUAUAAAAAAAAAAAUUGUUCGAUUUCAAUGAUUACUAUGUACUAUUUACAAUUUUAUUUACAAUACGUUUCUUCACCCAUUUACAUUUUUUUAAAUUACUCAUUAAAAAAUGUACUAAAUUUCUUUUUCAAAACUCAGUGAUAUGAAUGUUAAAUGUGACAUAAUUAAUCUAGCAAGUAGUAAAGUACUUUAUGAAAAAUAAUUGUUCCCCUUUAGUGUUCACAGUUUUCUUCUAGGCAGGAUUUGAAUAGUGUGUCAUUUUAACCAAAAAUGUUCAAGAAACCAGACUAACUAGAUUAAAUCAGGAAAUUUAUAAAGUGUUUAAAUGUGCCAGUAGACUGUUGUUUCUUGUUAACAGUUCAUUACCCUAUACAUUUGUGAUGAAAAUAGUUGUGUAUUUUCUGUGAAAUCCCUCAUUACCUCUUCUCUUCAUGUUGCGUUGUUUGGAGCAAAUGUUCAUUUAGAGAGCAGAUGAUUGUGAUAGAAGUUCUUCAUUUGUGAUAACUUGUAUAUUACACCAGAUAAAAAAAUAUUUUUUUUCUUGGCAUUUCAUUAUGAAUGGGUGAUAUUUUUGCUGCAGAAUGAGAGGUUUUGUGAAAAAUAAUCAGAAGAUUGGGAAGUCUCUCUGACAUUUUAAAAGUGUGCCUCCUUUAUUUAAUUUACAGACUUAGAUAGUAUUUUGAAGUAGAAUAAUUACUUAAUGAAAUUUUUGUUGUUGUCAUUAGCGCUAGUUUUGUUUUGUAUUCCAGAUUUAAGUUUAAGUGCUACAAAAAAGCUAUUAAAGAUAGAAACCGUUGUAAAAAAAAA